UCCACUUCACUCUGCGGAGAACGGAGAGCCACGGUCCCCACCAUGUCAUACUAUGAGCACAUCGUCUUGGACUAUGACCUAAAUGACACAGGUUCAGGUUCAGGUUCUGGUUCUGGAGAGUUUGGGGUGGACCUGGAGGAGCCCUGCGAGGUGGAGCAUGUCAUGACCACUGAGCUUCAGCGGGUCUUCUUGCCGGUGGUCUACGCUCUCAUAUUCAUCCUGGGCAUCACAGGAAACGGCCUGGUCGUCGUCGUGCUGGGCUGCCAGCGCAGGUCAAAGUGCAGCCUCACAGACCGCUAUCGCCUCCAUCUCUCAGCUGCCGACCUCCUCUUUGUUCUGGCGCUCCCGUUCUGGGCCGUGGACGCGGCGCUGGCUGACUGGCGCUUCGGGGCGGCCACCUGCAUCGGUGUUCAUGUUAUUUACACGGUCAACCUGUACGGCAGCGUCCUCAUCCUGGCCUUCAUCAGCCUGGACCGCUACCUGGCAGUGGUCCGAGCCACAGAUACCAACACUGGUGGGCUGAGGCAGCUGCUGGCACACAGGCUGGUGUAUGUAGGAGCAUGGUUUCCUGCAGCACUGCUGGCAGUGCCGGACUUGAUAUUUGCCAGGACUCAGGAAGGAGGAGAGGGGGCCACUCUGUGCCAGCGUUUCUACCCGGUGGACAAUGCUCCUCUCUGGGUCGCAGUCUUUCACCUCCAGCUGGUCCUCGUGGGUCUAGUGAUCCCCGGCUUGGUGCUGCUGGUGUGUUACUGUGUCAUUGUCACCCGGCUGACCCGGGGCCCACUGGGGGGCCAGAGGCAGAAGCGGCGAGCGGUCAGGACCACCAUUGCGCUGGUGCUCUGCUUCUUUGUGUGCUGGUUGCCCUACGGAGCAGGCAUCUCCGUGGACACUCUGCUGCGCCUGGAGGUCCUGCCCCGCACCUGCAGACUGGAGGCAGUUCUGGGCGUGUGGCUGGCGGUGGCCGAGCCCAUGGCGUUUGCACACUGCUGCCUGAACCCGCUGCUGUACGCCUUCCUGGGAGCUGGGUUCAAGAGUUCAGCCCGCAGAGCGCUCACUCUGAGUCGGGCGUCCAGUUUGAAGAUUUUACCACGGAGGCGAGCUGGGGCUUCCACGACCACAGAGUCCGAGUCUUCUAGUUUACAUUCCAGUUAGUGUCGCCUUAGAGUAUGUGUGUACUGUAUAUACUGUGUGUGUGUGUGUGUGUGUGUGAGGACGUUUACACAAAGUUUCUGAGAAAGUAAGGAGCAGUCUGCUGGCUCAUGACUUGUCUUCUUCAUUGUAAAUUAUGUUUUUGAAAGGUGUUCAUGUUUAUAAUAAAACGAAAAAA